AUGAAGUAUCUAGUAGUGACGGGCGGUACUGUGAGUGGACUGGGUAAAGGUAUCACCAUCAGCAGUAUUGGUGUUGUGCUCAAGUCGCUAGGACUGCGUGUCACGUCCAUCAAGAUUGAUCCGUACCUUAACUGUGACGCUGGGACCAUGUCCCCAUUCGAGCACGGCGAAGUGUUUGUACUCAAUGAUGGUGGUGAAGGUGAUUUAGAUUUGGGCAAUUACGAACGUUUCUUGGGCAUUACGCUCACGCGCGAUCACAACAUUACUACAGGUAAAGUGUACACGCACGUGCUCGAGAAGGAGCGUCGUGGCGACUACUUAGGCAAGACGGUACAAGUAGUACCACACGUCACGGAUGCCAUUCAGGAUUGGAUUGAUCGUGUUGCUCAGAUUGGUGUGGAUGGCAUUCACGCCGGUGAAACGGGCGCUGUAGGUAAUGAAGCUGCGGACGUCUGUUUGAUUGAAGUCGGCGGUACUGUUGGUGACAUUGAAAGUAUGGUGUUCCUUGAAGCGCUGCGGCAAUUCCAGUUUCGGGUUGGGCCCGAGAACUUUUGCCUCGUGCACGUUUCAUUGGUGCCAGUCCUGGGCUCUGUGGGUGAGCAGAAGACAAAACCCACGCAGCAUGCCAUCAAGGAGCUUCGCAGUGCUGGUCUAACGCCUGACGUAAUCAUCUGCCGUAGCAGCACGGAGCUGGAGCCUGCAACUAAGGCAAAGAUUGGGAUGUUCUGCCAAGUUCCGGCCAACCACGUGCUUUCGGUGCACGACGUGAGCAACAUCUAUCAUGUGCCGCUACUGCUUGCCAAACAGGGUGCCGCUAGUAUUCUGAUGUCAAAACUGCAGCUAAUGGACCGCUUCAGCGAGCCAGAUCUUGCGGCUUGGUCUGCCAUGGCUCAUCGCGUUGACUCGUUCGAGCAGGUGUGCAAGAUUGCUCUCGUCGGCAAGUAUACGGGUCUACAGGACUCGUAUCUGAGUGUCAUCAAGGCACUCAAACACGCCACGAUGAAGUGCAACUACGAUCUUGAGAUCGAAUGGAUUGAAGCCAGUGAUCUGGAAGUAGAAAUGCGUGAGAGCAAUCCCGACGCCUAUGACAAGGCUUGGAGCAAGUUACGUAGCGUAGACGGUAUCGUGGUUCCAGGUGGUUUUGGUGACCGCGGUGUCGACGGCAAGGUGCUCACGGCUCAGUAUGCUCGUGAAAACCGCAUUCCGUAUCUUGGGGUGUGUCUGGGAAUGCAGGUUGUCGUCAUUGAGUACGCGCGCAACGUCAUUGGCUGGAAAGGUGCCAACAGCGAGGAGUUUAAUGCUGAUGCCGAACACAAGGUGGUUGUUUUCAUGCCCGAGAUAAACCCGGAGGUCAUGGGUGGUACCAUGCGCUGCGGUGAACGCCGCACGAUUGUGCACGAAAAAGAGGACCCGGCAAAGCGUUCGCUGGUGUCGUAUUUGUACGGCAAGGACAAGCCAAUUCUAGAGCGUCACCGUCACCGUUACGAGGUCAACCCGGAUCUUGUGCCCGCUAUCCGUGAGGCAGGCCUCAACUUUGUCGGCACGGACGAGAAGGGUGAGCGUAUGCAGAUUGUCGAGCUUGAUCGUGAUGUGCAUCCGUUCUAUUUUGCUACGCAGUACCAUCCUGAAUUCAAGUCGCACCCAAACGAUCCGUCACCGCCAUUUUACGGUCUGAUUCUUGCAGCUACGGGUCAGCUCUCCCAGUUUAUGAAGGACGUUGAGGCCAAGGAGCAGCAGUCAUAA